AUGAAGCGUUUGAUCAGCCGUAGUCUGGCCAAAAAAAUUGUAAUUUUGAUAUGGCUCAUUUCCGCUGCCCUAUUCAUUCCUUGGGCUUAUUACUUUCGUCUCUCUAAGGGACCAGACGAGCAAAUACGUUGCCUGGAGUCAUGGCCAUCUGUGGCUGUUGACAGGGCAUUUUUCCUUGGCGUUGUGACACUCCUUGUCUACACAGCACCUCUGCUCUUUAUGGCCUAUUGCUAUUGUUCAAUAAUAUUCCGUGUGUGGAAGCGAGUGCGGAAGGAGAAGUCAAGUAGUGGAAAUUCCAAUGCAGCCACCUCAGAGGAGCGCAGAAAUAUCCCAGUUUCUGGAACACUAUAUGUGAAUAAUGUGGAGGCUCUUUCAGAACCCGAUCGUGAAACCGGAUCUGAGACUUGUUGCUACGCGGAAAAACCACGAUCAACCAAUCACUUUACGUCCAAUUCAAAAUUUCUAAAAUCGUAA